AUGACACUUUACGACAAGAUUGCCAUUAUUGGACAUAAUGGAUGGGCUGCACAAGCAAUUGUGAAGGCUCUAGCAGCUCAAGCAUUUGAACAACCUAUCAGAAUCAUUGCUCGUGAGCAGUCUAGUAUCGAUACUCUUCCUAACAACGUCGAAGUUGUACGUUACUCGUGGGAUAAUCCCUCUUCCAUCACAUCUGCAUUGGACGGUGUCGACAUUCUUCUCUCAUUUAUUGGUCAUGCAGGCCUCAAAGAUCAGGAAAAGAUGGUGCCAUAUAUGCGUGAUGCAGGUGUAAAGCUUUUUGCACCUUCAGAUCUUGCACUGCCUUAUACGGCUGAAGAGAGGGAACAUGUUACUGUCCCUCGCGAGAAAGAAGAGCUCGAGCAUAAGUUACAUGCUGCAGGUGUGCCGUUCGUCACUAUCGUGAUUGGUAACUUUACUUCUUUUGCUCUGGAUUCGCCUUACAUGGGUAUCGAUCUUGUCAAUAACCGUAUCUUGCAUACUGGAGAAAGCAGAACUAAUCCUGUAUAUCUAUGUUCUCGUGACUACGUCGCCGCAGGCUAUGCCUCCAUCUUCACCCAAUCCACCAUCCCCUUCCUCUCCGACCGCACAAUAGGCCUCAACGAACUCCACCCAACAACCGCAGACAUAGAAGCGGCCAUGCACAAAAAGUCCGGCGUGCCACCGAGUACCGCAUUCGACAGCCUCAAAAACGCUGCUGAAUUGGCAAAGCAAGACAGAUUAGACGCUUUGGUACGUAAGAAGAUGGGCGAUGGUACCCAUAAUGUUGGUAAUGACAUUUGGGAAGUUGAGGGAUAUGAGAAGAAGACACUGGAGGAUUUCAUCAUUGGGGAUGCGCUUGACGACCCACCGUAUAUUAGGGGUGAUGAGCAGACUCGUCGUUUCUUGGAUGAGUACUUUGAUUAG